UGCUCUGCUUCCCUCACCGCUCCGUAAAUCCCUACUGGCGUGAUUGUGUUCACAAGCAAGUGCAUGUGCAGCUAUGGACCUCGGUGACUUGGAGACGGUUGUUGCAAACUCUGCCUACGUUUCAGCGCGUGGCUGUAUUGAUGGAGCGACAGCAGCAUCCAUGCGUGACAAGAAGAUGCGUGCCAGGCUGAAGCUCCCACACAUCAGAGAUUGUGAACACAUGAAAGCAUCUGUAGACACAGCUUUUGACAGCAUGUGUGUCAAUCAGCCCAUUGGCAAGCACCUGUUCCUGCAGUUUCUGGAGAGUGAGGCGACCCAUAAAAAUGCUGGAGAGCUGUGGAAGGACAUCGAAGACUACACCGUAUGCCAAGAAGCAGACAGAGCGCAGAAGGCCCAGAAAAUGGUCAAUAAAUACUAUAAGUCAGCUUCAAAGAUGUUUUGCAGCUUCCUGGAGGAGAAGGCCGUUGCUCGGGUCGUUGAAGACUUUAAGAACGCCCGCGGGGACCUUUUCAAAGAGAGCGAGCAGCAGAUGCUCAAACACCUGGAGAAGAUGGCCCUCACUGGUUUCAAGGACAGCAUGUACUUCCUGCGUUAUGUCCAGUUCAAAUGGUUAGAGAGCCAGCCUUUUGAUGAAGACUGGUUCUCUGACUUCAGGGUCCUGGGUAAAGGAGGUUUCGGAGAAGUGUUUGCUUGUCAGGCUAAGGCAACGGGCAAAAUGUACGCCAACAAGAAGUUGGAGAAGAAGAGGUUGAAGAAACGUGGGGGCUACCAGGGAGCAAUCGUGGAGAAGCGCAUCCUCGCUAAAGUUCACAGCCGCUUCAUCGUGUCGCUGGCUUACGCCUUCCAGACCAAGUCUGACCUCUGUCUAGUCAUGACCAUCAUGAACGGUGGAGACCUCAGGUGA